CUUUUUGUUCUCCAACACAAUGAUCAAAUUGCCUCAAGCUUGGCAAGCAUCACGCCAGCGUAGUAAAAGCUCAACAGAGCUCACAUCUGUGUGGAAUAAAUUCCCGUAGUCAAAAGGCGAAUAAGUCUUUAGGAAACCACUAACAGCACAACCUUCCCUUCGCAAUAAUCGUGGAAUUCUUACCGCGUGGAGGAUCAGUAAAUUAAACCAUCGAGCUUGGGAUGCUGUAAGUUAGACAUUUGUUUAUUUUUGUUAGCAACACAAGCUAUUUCGUAAUGAUGAAUACGAUUUAAGUACUUGGUAACUAGUUUAAAUUUUUAGCAGUAAGGAUCAAGAUUAUUCAAAAGCUUAAGGCAAGAACUCGGCAAGUUUCGAAACUUUUUGUGGUUGUGUUGUUUUGAAAGUCAUUCAAAAUGUCACGAGCCUUUCUCACGCUAUCAAUAUUAUGACUUAGUAACAAUGAGCGGAAAACACGAAGGAUACAUGCAAAAUAAUGCAGUUUAAGUGUGUUUAGGAUUAAAUAGAAGAUUUUUUUGCCACAUAGAACUUCCAAUAUUAUGAAUGAGACGAAAGCGAAGAAAGUUAUUUGUCUUUCCAGAGUGUUCUAAGCUUGUUUUCACGGUCCGUUGAACCCACUGAAGCAAUUUUGGAAACUUUGAUAAAAUCCGUUGUUAUUACCUAGAUUGAACAAGAUUAACACGGCCUCACAUUUUUUUUUCAUUCUCUACAUCCUGGAUUGCCUGUAUUGGCUUAAAUUCCACCGAGGGAUUUUGUGCCUACUAAGGAGAUCGUAACGGCAUGAAAAGAAUGUGAAUCUUCCUUCGGUGACGUUGUUUAGAAAUGUCUUAACAAACAGAAAAGUUUACCUAAACUUCAAGAUCUUGCUGGAUUAAAAGAUAUUUUAGUCAAGAUAAUUUAACAGAAUUACCAGAGAAAAUUCUGCUCGAGAUAUAUUUGGUAUGGUUGGAUGCUCCUUCAGAGCAACCAUAAACCUGAAUAUUUGACUCUGAUGAUAACUUCAGCUCAGGUUGUCGAAACGUCAGUCACCACUAACCCCGGCAGUACUUCUCAGGACUACACUCACCCGGACGAUCAAACAACACUGUUACAACUAGAAACUGUUCGUAAAUCUUGUUUGCAAGGCAAUGAAUUCUUGCGUGCCCUAGCUUGAAUUAAUUAUCACUUUUUAACGAUCAAAAACUGCUGGUGAUCUUCAUAAGAAAUGGAAAUUUUACACCCGGUGAGCAGCUUCUGACAAGACUACUGAUUCUAACCCUAAAUUUAACAUUGACGUCACUGUUUGUAGAAAUGCAGAAUUUGCUCAAAUAAUUUAUAAUAAACUGUUUAUUUUAUUAGUUAUUUAUUUACGAUAAUUAAUUAGACAGGCCGGCCCAGUUCAGCUGGUUUAAAUGUGAGCCUGGAUAAACAGUAACAGUUAAGGUCAGAUCACAACAUCGGGGGCUACUGGUUCCCUACUCUUUGCGAGUGAUGCGUGGAUUCUUUAACGUUCCCUGCUUACAAGUACAGAGAAGAUGCAGGAGAUGGGACUUUAGGUUCAUCGUCCUUAAAGAAGACUAGUAUGUCUAAGCAUUUGCCAUAGUAAAGGCAGCACAUUCUUUCCAGUUAUCAGUUUAAGACCCAGAGUGUAAGUCCGGUCUAUUUGAUACAAAUACAUGUAGUAUUAUCAGUGCUUGAGAGCCUUCUUUUAAGCUGAUCUGCUCCGUUUUUUUUGAAGCUAAGAGUUCUGAAGACAGCAGCAAAAAUGCGACAAUUAUCCUGGUUGGUAAUAUUGGAGCUUCUGUUUCUUGGUUGGCGUUGUGCUGAAGGUAGGACGAAAAGUUUUCUUCCACAACAAAAAUAUAAUAUUUUUCUUACACUGCGCUGAGUACGCAGUGACAAGAGACAGUGACAAGCGGUUUGUUUUUCCCACGUGAAAUAUGCAGAAGAGAAAGCAAUGAUGUUGUGAUUUAAACUUGUAAUCAAGCAUUUACACAUUCAGAUUAGACCUAAUAGGCAGCAUAGAGAAAAGAACCAUUUAAAGAGAAGAGGUCUGAAAAAGUCUGUCCAGAGCGAGACACCGCUCUGCAUCCACACAACAACAUUCAUGUGAAACGGUUUUAAGGUGGUCAGAAAAACCACCACAUGGAAGAACUUUCACAGUAACUAUGAAUUAUAUCGAGAAGCCAGAGAUAAAGGAGGGGGGCACUGCUCAUUUCCCCACACAAACGCCUUUAAAUGACAAAAUAAUAAUGUUGAAGAAAAAUAUUGAAAUGAAGAAAAGAUGUUCAGACAAUCAUUCACUCACUAAUUCCUUGAAUCAGUUAGUUAAUCGGUCUAGAAGUCCCCCUCGCAAUCAAUCCGUCAGUCAGACAUUCUUCAGUUGAAGCAGUCAGAAAUUCAGCCAACAGUCAGUUACACGACAUUAUUUUAGGUGUGAAGUAAGCACUUUUUUAUCAUUUACCAGACCGUGCAAUUCAUCAUCGGAGAGAUUCUUACACAAAACCAAAUUUGUAUGCCUCUUCAUUCUUUUCAAGGUCAACAGUGCCAGAGAUUCAACAUAGGAUUAAAUGACCGAAGAAAGAUUUCAGACGACCAAUUCACAGCUUCAUCUUUCUUAAGUCCCGAGACAGCCCCUUUUCACGCCCGCAUAGGCGAUACGCAAGGUGAGGGAUGGUGCGCCCAGGAAAGCAGAAAUAAUGAGUAUCUCCAGGUUGAUUUGAGAAGAGAUUAUGUCGUGUGUGGUGUUAUAGUACAGGGUGGAAUUCACGGGAACGUCGACUCAUUCGACCUGGAAUUCUCUACUGAUGGCAGUUUUUUUAGUCCAUAUUCUAAGGUGAGGAACACUUAUUUCAGUUUAUGGGCAAGUUCCCGGUCGAGUUUCUUCAAUUCGUAUUGUCAAAGAAAAUUCUUCACCGUUUUUUUACUCAACACUACGCCGACCUAACACAUUGGUAAAAAGUCUGCGCACGUGUGAAAGUUUUAACGACUAGAUGGAGUGCUUCUAUAGACUGUCAGAACCAAGUUGUCACACACGAGUUACAAACGACCACACAAGUCAGUUAGUCACGAUUUUUAAAAGCGUAUAACCCUUUUGGUAAAACUCAAAACAGAAUGGUAAAUGAACAAGAUACUCAUACUUGAAUAAGCUUUAAGUCUCCAGAACUCCUUUUCUCUACUUUUGUAUAUUGUUACAGAUUUACAUCAAUGCUUCAAUUUUCUUUCGCAUAUUCUGCUAGACAGUGGUUGUUUCUUAUGUUAUCAAUAGAAAUUUUGCGCUGGAAAUUGGCGCACGGGUGCCUAAAGCUAAUCCUUUCACGCAUGCCUUACGUUUGACCGUUGUGUUCACCACACCACAUCACAUCCAACGGCACGACACGGCACGACAUGGCAUGGCACGGCACAGCACGGCACGGCACGGCACGGCACGGUACGGCACGACACGACACGGCACAGUCGACACGACACGGUGACACGUUUGCGGCUCUGUACAUUACUGACAACGCUGACUAAAUUACACUUAACUGCACUACACUGCCUUCCACUGCACUAUAAUAAUUUGCACCACACCAAAGUACUUAAACACAACGCAUCAUUACCCAAAAAAUAAAGAAACACUACAAUGCAUCACUAUGUUGGCCUGAUUCUUUCUGAAGUGAUUUGAAAAAGAUUCAGACUUAUGAUUUUUGUUGUGUUUAGACUUUGGUCAGAGUUAACCAGCAGGAAGAAGAGGCUGAGUUUCACCCUCUGGGGCCAUAUCCAGUUGGAAGAUAUGUUCGUAUAUAUCCCCGAAGAUUCCGAAACUUUCCGUGUGCCCGACUGGACCUAUACGGUUUUCCAGGUAUUGAACAAAAAAAAAACAUACAUUGAAACUCAGAAACGGCCCCGAAGACAUCGGUGUUAUAUUGUUAGCCUUUUAAGUUUACAUUUACUUCUUAUAAUAAUACAUGGUCUGGUGUUUUAGUUAGUGAAUAAUGUUCAUAAUUCUCGAAGUGAGAGCGACAUAAAAACCUUUUAAUAGCAGCAGAGAAAAAAGGAAAACCAUUAAAGUAGAAAUGAAAUCUCCAAAAAUAGACAUCGAAUCAUAAAAACGCCUUCUCAUGUAUGAAAAAAAAAAAAAAAAACGAACGAUAGAUUCUUAAAUGUGUUCUCCCUUUAACGAACAAGAAUGUCAUCGAUUUUUUUUUAUCAUUUUCAAAAACUAGCCAUAGUUUAUUACCGUUAAGUUGUUUGUUAAUCAAAUAACCGCCACACCGAUUCUGUACCGAAAUUUAACUACAGACAUCAAGUAGCGGUUAAGGUCAGUCAUUAUCGAUCACGAGGGGGGAAGGGGGAAGGGGGAAGGGGGAAGUGGAAGGUUAGGUAAGGGGAACGGAGGGGUAAUCAGUCGUUCCUAUAGAGGGAGACUAUAGAAAUUUAACUGCCAACGAGGGGGAUAAUUAGAAUCAUACAAAGCCCCCCACCCCUUCCUGCCCCCUUUAGACGAUAAAAAAUUACUGGUCCUUAAUGUUCAUACAUCUUUCUUUUCAGGUCCCAAGGUGACAUGUACGCCACAAUACAUCAUCGCCGAAUUCAAGAAAGCGCAUUACCCAGGUCUUGAAGCUGAAGGAAUGCAUCUGAAAAAUACAAGCUGCUUGGCAGAUGACGAAAAUGCCACUCACAUUCUCUUCAAUAUUCCUCUGCGGGACUGCGGUACAGAGAGAAUCCUUCUAAAUGAUGGUUACAUACAGUACACCAACGAGAUUAUCCGUCGCAUAACUGGUGUUGGGAUUUCUUAUAAGAUGGACAUGUUCUUUCCAAUCAACUGCAAAUAUGACAGAAGAGAAACAGUGGGCGACAUAAGGAUUGAACUUCCAGCUGCCAGUGAGUGUCCUCUCCAAAUUUUUGUUAUCGUUAUUUGCUACAGAGCAAUUUUCAAAUGAGUGACGAAAGAAAAGCGGUAUUCCUUGGUUUUUUUACUUGGUCUAGAAAACUCGCACUACUUUCUCAGCCAAUCAGUUUUUAAAUUAAAGUCAAUCGUGCCUUGGUCUCGGGCUUUUUCUCGCGCUUCAGGUAGUUUGUUUGUUGUUUGUUGUUUUCUUACUUCGAGUUCUUACCGAGGAUUGACUAUGGUGAUAGUUUUGGUUUCGGUUUUGCGACAAUUAGUUGAAAAUUACACUAAUUAUGAACACUGCAUUGUACAAUUGAUUGUUGAAAGUCAUCCACAGUUAGAUUUGCUUUUGUUUCACUUCGCUUUGUGAUUAGCCCAGCCUUACAGUAUCUCAACAGUCUCAUCAUGACUAUUGAACGCAUUACAAUCUAUCAUAGCUCCCAGAAAUCUUGAGCACUUAGGGUCAAAUCCACAUUCUAAAAUUGUAUGUUUUACGCGCCCUGCUUGAAUUGGACUGGAAUUAGAAACAGCGGUUGGAUUUCAUUCAGUCAAAGUUCUCCAGCUUACUGUUCGCUUAAAAAUGAAUUGCAAAAAAAUUUACAACAAAAAAAAAUACAGGUUUCUCUCUUUCUAUCUAACGACUGUGUCUGUUAUCUUUAAAAGCAACCGAAGCCCCAACGUCCGACGCCACCUCGCUGAAGCCGCUACAGCGAAAGAUUUCUUUCAUCGGUUGGUUGGUUACCUUGUGGAUCUCAGUUUCCGGGCUCUUGACCCUCUGUUAUUAAGUUUUGCAUUUGUCUGGCUCACAGGUAGGUAGUGACUUAAAUAAUCUUUUUUUUAGUAAGGUUAACCUUUUAACUGAACCUAUAGCCUUAUCUGAUAAACACGUCGGAUCGCAAAGAUCCAAGAGUCGAGUCUAGUCCAGGGUCUAGCCGGACUGGGGUCUUUUUUUUUUUUUUUUUUUUUUUUUUUUUUUGCGUUUAUGGGUAACACACUUUACUCUCCAAGUGCCUCUCUCUAUUCCACUCAGGAUUAUAAAAUUGGUACCAGGGAGUUAUGAGGGAAACUUGACAGUAUGACGGGGGGGGCGGGGCGGGGGCGGGGCGGGGCGGGGCGGGGCGGAGCAAUAACCCACAAAGUAACACUGAAAAGUGUGCUCGUGACAACCUUCCUUCCCAUCCCUCGACAAAAGAGUUUACCCUUGGCCACCCCUACCUCUAAAUUAGCUCCUGAAUGAAUUCAUUUAUUUUCCAAAUUACGGCUUAUAUUUUACCGUUUUUUUUCUUCGUCUUGAUAGGUGGUGUAGCCUGGAAUUUUUUUUGAUUUUUUAGGUUCAAGCGAGAUAGCAUGAAGACGACUCCCUUAGCCAUCGUAUAUUAAAGAACAUAGACUUUGACCGUGGAAUCGUGGAAUUGGCUAUAAAUAUUUUUUUCAGACACGCACAAUUUUGAAUAUAUCUCCAAAACAAGUCUAAAGAGGGUGGCAAAGGAGUUAUACGUGACGCGCGAUUAUCGCCAAAAUUAACAUGUGACGCGUGAAUUUUACAGAGUAGCGAGCGUGAUUCGUGAAUUUACAAAGCAGCGUGAGGCGUAAUUUGCCUCCUGAGGCAUACGUGACCCGUCAUUGGAAUUUUAUCUUUCAUUUCGUGAGAAUUUCAAGAUUUCUCUGACACCUUGCACAUAGGAAAACUGAUUUGAAGUCUCCCUUUUCAAUUCGUGCCGCUCGAAAUUCUGUUUAAAACAUAUGUGACUCGUGAAUUUGUCUAAAAGUCGUGCGUGAAACAGCAUCUAGACUCCCUUUAGCUACCCUCAGUAAAGGCUUGCUUCAAGGUAGCGCUAAAUAGCCAUUUCUAUGAUGUGAAUGCACUUUUUUAUAUAUUUGCCCUUAUUAGUCUUUGCAGCUAAGUUGACAAUUAAUGUUUAGUUUCUAUAAAGUGUUUCACAGGCGAAGUUUCUGCACAAAAAUAUAGAACUUUUGAAUCGUAUUCAUGCGCUCGUUUGCAAUCUCUGGAUAACGGCAUCUUACAGAUAAAUCAGUCUCAUCAAAAUCCCGUGGACGGAUUACACUCUGUUUUAUGGAUGCGGUGAAUAGCGAAGUCCUAAGGAUUAUUGGCAUCCAGCCUGUGCUUAAAUUGUUUUUUAAUACAGAGUGAUUAUAAUGUAAUACUUCGUUGUAUCUGAGAUUUCUAAAUCUUCAGUUAUAAAAACUGAGCUGUAAGCGUUCCUCCAUCACUCCAUGUAACUUUAUAGUACGAAGGAAUAAGUAACUGAGUCGUCAAUACUUUGAUCCCGAUCCAUAUUGAUAUGAAUUAAAAAGAAAACAAAAACUGGAGGUCCAUCAUGCAGCUCAUAGAUUUAUGUAAGUGUGGGUUUUAUGAGAACAAAAAUGUUUGGAGAAGAAGGACGCGGAAAGGGUUACGGCGCACACUUAGCUUUUUGCGAAAGACAUUUCGAU